CGUCACGUAUCCGGUAUGAAAUCACUCAAGGUAAUAUAGGUGGUGCUUUUGCCGUAAAAAACGAAACAGGGGCUAUAUAUGUUGCGGGACCACUUGAUUAUGAAUCCCGGAAAGAGUACAACCUCACGCUCGUAGCUUCUGACGGGAAGUGCGAAUCGGGUACAUUAGUAAUCGUAAGGAUAAAAGAUGUCAACGAUUUGCCACCUAAGUUUGAUCAACCUACCUACAUUACCACCAUUUUAGAAGAAGAUGCAGAAGGAAUGCCCAAAAGUGUCUUGAAGGUGACAGCGACCGAUGGAGACCGGGACAGGAAGCCGGACAUCGUCUACUUCUUGACGGGUCAGGGAGUGGACGAUCAGGAUCCGGCCAACAGCAAGUUCGCCAUCAACACCACGACAGGCGAGAUAUAUGUUCUAAAGCCGCUCGACAGAGACCUGCCUCACGGUCGAUCUCAAUGGCGGUUUACAGUUUUUGCAGAAGACGAAGGUGGUAACGGUCUCGUAGGAUACGCAGAUGUUCUGGUCAACUUAAAGGACAUAAAUGAUAACGCACCUUUCUUCCCUUAUGCCAUUUAUACAGGAAAUGUCACAGAAAAUGGCACAGCAG